AUGCUCAGAGGCAACAGGAGAGCUGGGCUGGACCACGUCAACCACGGCUUGGCUCUAUUGCUCUCUCUCCUGACGGAUGAAGAUGCGGCUCGCCAGGUAGCCAGCGUGGCACCGAACCCGAAGCAGCUCCUUGGCACUAUAGCAGACGUCUUCGCGCACCUUGCAUCACAGGCUCGCACCAUUCUCCGCGGCAGGGUCGGCCACGGCCCGUCGCUCCCAAACCUCGCGAAGGGACUGAAGCAGAAAAAGCAAACAAUGGAUUCCUUCCUGGUCCUUCUCAGCGACUUGGCCCCUGCCCCUGCCACUAUAUCAAUUGACACUAUCCCAGACGUCUUCAACACCCUCGACGAGUUCGGACAGUACUGGGCCGCCACCCGGCGUCACCACACAGCCCUGACAAAGAUCAUGACAGACGUAAUGAACGACGCAGACACAAUCAGCACGAACAACGAAGAAUCCAUCAACAGAUUCUACGCCGAGCUUCUCGGGAACAAGCGGCUGCGAGACUUCUGCGACACGUCCCGGAAGGCGACGCACAAGCUGGACACGGCGUUCCGGCCUCUCUUCAACAAAGUCCUCAUGGGCGACCCCUCGUCGCCCGACUACAUCCGCGCCGUCCACCUGCGCCUGCAGUUCCUCGGCAUGGUCGUCUUCGAGGACCCGCCGCAGUACCUGCAGGUCGCCGCGCUGGAAGCGCGCACGCCGCUCUUCCGCGAAUACCUCACCCUGGCCUCGCUCGCGCUGCGGAUGCUCUUCCAACAGCGCAACAACGACAUCAAGGCCGCCGCAGUCAAUCCAGCGCACCAGCUGUCGCUGCAGUGCGGCAUCGCGUGGAACCUGUUCAUCAUGGCGCUCUUCUGCCGCGACCCGCCGACGCGCGACGAGGCGCUCCACCUGCUGCGCGACUACCCGGGCCACGACGGGCUGUGGGACACGCGCGCGCUGCACGCCCUGGCCCUGAAAAAUCGUGACGUCGAGCGCGCCAAUAUGGCCGAGGGCACGCCCGACGAGCAGUGGCGCCGGCUGUGGCGUCGCGAGUUCGUGUUCGAGGACGCGGGCGAGCGCGUCGUGCUGCGGUUCAUGGCGAAGGAUGAGGAGAAGGGUGGAGAGUGGACGCUGGUGGAGGAGGCGGCGGAGGUGCGGACGAGGGUGGAGGAUGUGAGGUGGGUGCGUCAGCCGCUUAGGGGGCAGAGUUGGUUGCUUAUGGCGGAUUUGUAUGCGGAUAAGUUUUGA